UGUAUUUAUUUUUCUAUAAGUUUCAACGCACGUUGAUACUGCCACUUUCUCCACCACAGAGAAAAAUAGAAUACCAAAAGAAAAAAAAAACCAAAUCCCUGUCAUAAUCAUAAUCGCAUUCACCCAACUUCAAUUAUUUUCGUCUCGAUCUGGAUCUCCCUCCGUCACACCAAACCGCACUUUCUCGAAUAUUCACUCAACCUCUUUCUCUGCUUCAAUUACUCCGUCAUGAGUUCCGGUGACCUCCUCAGCGUCGAACCUCUCGAACUCAAGUUCCCAUUUGAGCUCAAGAAGCAGAUCUCGUGUUCUCUUCAAUUGUCUAAUAAGACUGAUAGCUAUGUAGCUUUCAAGGUGAAAACGACGAAUCCGAAGAAGUAUUGUGUUCGUCCGAACACUGGAAUUGUCUUGCCGAGAUCUACCUGCGAUGUUAUGGUUACCAUGCAAGCGCAAAAAGAAGCUCCAGCUGAUAUGCAAUGCAAGGAUAAGUUUCUUCUUCAGAGUGUAAAAACCAACGAUGGUGUUAGUGCGAAAGAUAUCUCUGCAGAAAUGUUCAACAAGGAGGCAGGGCAUGUGGUUGAUGAGAGCAAAUUGAGAGUGGUGUAUGUGUCUCCGCCUCAACCACCAUCUCCAGUCCCAGAAGGUUCCGAGGAAGGGUCCUCACCUAGAGGUUCUGUUUCAGAAAAUGGAAAUGGCAAUGGUCCUGACUUCGCUCAAGUAACACGGGGAUUUGCUGAACGACCUGAGGCUCAAGACAAAUCUGCAGAGGCAAGAGCUCUUAUCUCAAGGCUGACUGAAGAAAAGAAUAAUGCAAUUCAACAAAUUAGCAAGCUUCGCCAGGAACUGGAGCUGCUGAAACGUGAAGGCAACAAAAAUCGUGGUGGAGUGUCAUUUAUCUUUGUCAUAUUAAUUGGCUUACUUGGCAUAAUCAUGGGGUAUCUCAUGAAGAAGACCUAAGGAUUUGGUCGAUUUGGUUUCACCAUAGAUUUUUACUUUAUUCCUGACUAUUCAAGCAAUUGUGAUGAAAGUUAAAGUAGAUCAAUUAAUCAGGUGUUGGUUUUUCUUUUGUAUUAUUCCUUGUAUUUUUGGGUGGAUAACAAUUGAAAGUAGAAAACUUUAGGGGAAGUUGUGGGUCCUUUUGUUACUCUUAAUGUGACAUGCAUUCUUUUUUUGUAACUUAAGAGGAAAAGUUUAUCGUUUC